GUUAUCAAUUAUUAUGUUAUCAUUAUUUAGUUUCGUAUGUUAAAUUUUAUUUAGAUUUAGAAGUGCAAUAUUAGCAUUUUAUCAAGUGUCAUUAAAAUGCUCAAAUAUUUAUCCCGUGAUGAAAAAAAGAAAAAGAAUACUGACGUCUUUGAAAGUAUAUCAGAAGGUUUAAAAAGGUUGUAUAAACAAAAAAUAUACCCUCUAGAAAAGGAGUAUAAAUUUAAUGAAUUCCAUUCACCUGCAUUGGAGGAUGCUGAUUUUGAUGCAAAACCUAUGGUCUUAUUAGUUGGACAAUACUCAACUGGUAAGACAACAUUUAUCAGGUAUAUUCUAGAGCAAGAUUUUCCUGGUAUUCGAAUAGGUCCUGAGCCUACAACAGAUUCUUUUAUAGCUAUUAUGCAUGGGGAAUCAGAAACCAUCAUUCCAGGUAAUGCUUUAGUUGUUGAUCCUAAACGUCAAUUUCGGCCCUUGUCAAAAUUUGGAAAUGCAUUUCUUAACCGUUUUCAAUGCUCAUUAGUUGAUAAUUCUGUACUUAAAAGCCUCACAAUUGUGGAUACACCUGGUAUAUUAUCAGGUGAAAAACAAAGAGUAGAUAGAGGUUAUGACUUUACUGGUAUUUUAGAAUGGUUUGCUGAACGCUGUGAUCGUAUUAUUCUUUUAUUUGAUGCUCAUAAAUUAGAUAUAUCAGAUGAGUUUAAACGUGGAAUUGAAUCAAUACGUGCUUAUGAUGAUAAAAUUAGGAUAGUUUUGAAUAAAGCAGAUGGUGUUGAUGCACAACAAUUAAUGCGGGUGUAUGGAGCUUUGAUGUGGAGUUUGGGAAAAGUUCUUAAUACUCCAGAAGUUCCCAGAGUAUAUAUUGGAUCAUUUUGGGAUCAACCUCUGAUUCAUGAUGUUAAUAGACGAUUAUUUGAAGCAGAAGCAUAUGAUUUAUUUGCAGAUCUUCAAAAUUUACCAAAGACUGCUGCUGUUAGAAAAUUAAAUGAUCUGAUCAAAAGAGCACGGUUAGCUAAGGUUCACGCCUAUAUAAUAAGCUACCUGAAACGCGAUAUGCCUUCCGUAUUCGGCAAGGAAAAGAAGCAAAAGGAACUCAUAAAUUCACUCGAUCGCAUAUAUUCCGAAAUUCAAAAAACUCAUCAAAUUUCUCCCGGAGAUUUUCCCCCCAUACAACGCAUGCAGCAUGCUUUAGAAACCCACGAUUUUACCCGGUUCGAAAAACUCAAACCUAAACUUUUGGAGACUGUCGAUAACAUGCUUGCUUUCGACAUAGCUAAGCUGAUGUCCAUGGUGUCGGCAGAAACCGCAGCCGUUAAUAAAGCCGAAAUUGGUAACCGGGCAGACACGGGUCGAUCCUAUUCUGAUUUUGGGUCAGUUAGAAACCGGGUAACUGGCGGGAUAUUCGGGGACGAUCCAUUGCCUGUUUCGAAUAACGUUUAUAAUCACGAUACUAUAAUUGAUGACGAUAAACACGCUAAUCACUUCGAAAAUCAAGAUUCAGUUGUUGAGCAACUUCCGGAAAAAUGUGUAGUGCCUUUUACUCUCCGACAGGGAGGUCGAGGGGGUGGCGAAGGGUUCGAGGGAGGAAUGGGUGAAGCCGGAUGGAUAGUAGACCGAAUGCCCGAGAGAGAAUCAUGCACCUCGAUUUUCAGAUCCUUGGGACCCAUAGAUGGAAAGGUGACAGGAGCGGCAGCUAAGGCCGAGAUGGUAAAGUCAAAGCUCCCCAACUCGGUACUGCAUAAGAUUUGGAAGUUGGCCGACGUAGAUAAAGAUGGAUUUCUCGACGAGGAAGAAUGGGCUCUUACAAGUUAUCUAAUCAAACUCAAGCUGGAUAACUUUGAAUUACCUACAACUUUGCCGCGGCACCUUAUUCCCCCCUCUAAAAGAUCCUUUGCUUGAAUUUAUAGAUAAUUAGUUUGUCUACUUACGGUUGCUAAACUAGAGCGAGGGGAUUAUAGGGUUUUUUUUAAAUUAUAUGCACAUAAAAAUGAAUGCACCACAUGCCUUUCGUUGUAACAAUUUUUUGUAUAUUAGAGGAUGUGCUAAAUCCUCAAAUAUUUUCCCUUGCAUCUAUAAAUUUUCACAAUGGUCCCUCUUAUACGAUUUUUCACCUUCCCAAUUUUUAAGAAAUUAAUUUUUUAUUUUCCAUAUCAAAAUAUGUUUUUUUUGCUCAUGUUUCUUCUGAGAAAAAUUUCUUUUUCAGGUGAAAUUUAUUUAUAUUCGAGGAUGAUUGCUUUUCUUACUUAAAUUAUUUUAAUUCAAGAUAUAUUUUACGCACCAAUCCCUCCAUUUUGAUUUUUUAAUAAUUUAUAUUCAAAUUAUAAAUUCGCACCUGAAUUAGAUAAAUUACAUUAACAUGGCCUUAAUUUUAUCGUUUAGUUAAUAUUUUUAUUUUAAACAUUAUCUAUCGUUGUAAAUAUAUUUAAUUUUUCUACACAAAUUCAAGAUGUUAUAAUUAACAAUAAAUGAAAUAGGGAAAGCAACCUCAAGUGAAACAUUAUUCCUUUAUUCGGAUUUAAUUUAAUAUAGUAAUUUUUUUUGUUUCAAACUUUUAAUUGUGUUAUAAUCAUUUUAAAAAAUAUAUAUUUAUAUAAUAUAUCUUCCAAUCAUAAAUUUAUUUUUCGAAAUCGGAUAAGCUGGAAUCGCAAUACAAUUUAAUAUAUAAUAUAAAAACAUAAUGUAGCCGACCUACUAUUUUGAUAUUAAUAUUAUUUUAUAAAGGGGUAAUUUUUAUACUCCUAUUAUUAAUUACUAUAUAAUGUUAUCGAUAAUUUAUCCUCAUCAG